CCCGGAAGUGUUGUUUCUGAUUGUAAACAUGGUAUUAUCGAGCAUAUAAAACAAUCUUAACAGCAACGAUAACAAGAUAACUUGAAUUUCUAUCACGAUGGACUUUUAUCCGGCGUCUGUCAUCUUCUGUUUCCUAAUUCCGGUAAACUGCCGCAUGAAUGUGCUAUUUUUAGUAGCGGACGACAUGAGAGCCGAACUGGAGGUGUACUACGGACCGGAUUUCCCAUCUCCCGUUCACCCGCCUAUGUGGACUCCUUCGCUAAAUUCUCUGGCGGUAAAAAGUCUUCUUCUAAAACGUUCAUACGUUCAGCAAGCCGUCUGCUCGCCGAGUAGGAGUUCGCUUCUGACCGGCAGACGACCCGACACCACGCAUGUGUACGAUUUGCAUCACUACUUCCGAAAAGUAGGAGGAAAUUUUACAACGAUUCCGGAAUAUUUCAAAAUAAAUGGCUACAGGACGAUAGGAAUGGGAAAGAUAUUUCACCCGGGCCUUGCUUCUGGUCACGACGAUCCCAUUUCGUGGACGGAUCCUUACUUCCAUGGAGUGCAGCCACCGGAAUAUGACAGUGGGCGGAGCUGGAUGGCCAUUCCGGAGUCCGAAUGGUCAAAGAAGCCAAUCCUCGAUACCCAGCUUGCAGACCACGCUGUUACAGUGCUGAGGCAAGUCGCUACUAAGGCAAAAUCAGGGGAGCAGCCAUUUUUCGUUGCAGUUGGGUUUCAUAAGCCCCAUCUGCCGUUCGUUUUCCCCGACAAAUUCCUGAGUUAUUAUCCGCCAGAAUCCAUCAGACUUCCUCCGAAUGCUUAUGCUCCUGACCACAUGCCCAACGUAGCGUGGACCAAGUACGGAGAGUUGAGAAAAUACAAAGAUAUAAAUGCGUUGAACGCUACUGGCGACAUUAACACAACGCUACCUAGAGACGUGGUGCUGGCGUUGAGAAGAGCCUACUACAGUGCCCUGUCGUAUACAGACAGCGAACUGGGGCGAAUUGUCCUGGAGCUGAACAAACUGGGUCUGGCGAACAACACGAUCGUGUCUUUCUGGGGAGACCACGGCUGGCAGCUAGGGGAGCACGGGGAGUGGUGCAAACACACCAACUUCGAACUGGCUGUCCACGCGCCGAUGAUGGUGCACGUGCCCGGUCUCACCGACGGAGGCAUCGUCACGGAGCAGCUUACGGAAUUCGUCGAUCUCUUUCCAACCCUGGCGGAAGCUGCCGGACUACCUCCUCUCCCACUGUGUCCCGUCGACUCGACAAAAGUCGGGUUAUGUCGGGAAGGAAUGAGUCUCGUGCCUAUCAUGCGUGAUCCAAAGACAAAGUGGAAGAAGGCGGCGUUUUCUCAGUAUCCCAGAAACGAAGGAAACACGAUGGGCUACAGCAUGAGGACCGACAGAUACAGGUACACGGAGUGGCCGAGAUUUAAAGGCAAGCCUCUGUACAAACCGGACUGGAGUAAACUCUUUGGUGUCGAGCUGUACGACCACGUAAUUGACCCAGAGGAAAAUGUCAACCGUGCAGAUGACCCAAGCUAUACGGAUAUCAGGAAGGAGUUGAGCAGUAUGUUGAGAGCCGGAUGGCGAUCAGCCAUUCCCCACUGAGUCAUUAAAUCAAAAUAAUCGGACAAAAAUAGGUAAACUGAUUAUGAUGCCACUAAAACAUGGAUUUGAUUUGCAGAUAGUUGCCCUUGCUCAGUGUUCAGUUAUCGCAACGUAAUAAUAAUACGAAGUACUUAAUAUUUCCAUGCCUGCCAAUAGUGAGAUACUAUAUAUAUACUCGAUGUUUUUAUAUUUUGUGUAUUUUUUAAAUAAAUAUUUUUCCAGUAA